GUCUGACCGCGCAGGCUCCUGGGAAAGCGCGAUGUUCAAAUUUAUUUCCGGUUUUUCUUUUAGCCUUUGUCGCUACGCCAGAGACAUGGAGCGACCUCAAAACAGUGUGGCGAGGACUCCCACCGACAGCAUUAUGGCUCAGAGGAGGAGCAAAAAUAAAAGCUACAGACAGUCAUACCGCAGCUGCUUAGGCGCUGCUUCAAGGCUCAGCCACACCCCAGGAUGGACAGCGCGGAGGCUCAACACCAGCAGAAGAACAAAGUCACACAAUAUCACCGAGAAGGUGAAUCCAGAGGAUCUGGCCUUACUGGUGAAGACAGAGUGGCAGCUAUCGUACGUUACGCCGCUCUACCAGUUCAGACACACCCAGCUCAGGAGCUACUCGAGGCAGCUUUCGGCGUUUAUUACUGCAGAGAAGCAGCAAGGUUUGGCAGUGGAGGUUGAGGGAGCGCAGACCAGCUUCAGAGUCUCCUUCUCUGCGGUGCAGGGGCUGGGAGAGACUGACGAUGAUGCUGAGACGGUCCUCCUACAGAUCCAUUCAAAGCCGGUGUUUGCAGGGAAGGAUGAGGCGCAGAAGUUGGUGUGGAGCGGCUGGCUGACCUGCAUCAAUGGCAAUCCUGAAUAUCUUCACUUGCUUCCGAAGGACUUCACCUGUCUGCCGCUCUUUGGCAGCCGUGGGGCUGAGAAUCUCACCUCAUUGGUCAAAUCCUGGUUUCAGCAGACCUUUGACUGCUGCUUUGGCCCUCUGGAAAUCAACCAGACCUGCCUGCAGUGGCUAGCGGCAUUAUGGACUAACUGCCACAUAGAGUCCAGCAUCCAGCAUCUCAAAAUGAUUUGGACUCUUCCGGUUGAGCCACCGUUGCAGAUCACCUACACGGUUAACUCUCAAGACGUGUGGGAGCUGUGGAACAGUGUGAGGAACCCUUCACUGGAGAGCAGGGAGGAGGAGGAGGCAGCGAGAAGCAUUGACAUCGAGGAGGUGACAAGGUUCAUGCAGGGGCUAAAAAGCCACUUCUACAGGCACUUCAGACUGGACCUGUCAGCAGGACGCCUGAGUCAGGUCUCAUCUGCACUGGGAUCAGCCAAGUUCAGCGGCAGGAUCAAGAUGUCCAACAGCAGAUAUGUCCUCACAACCCUAACACUGCUGACAGAGUGUGCCCUUCUCAAAAUGCCCAUCUGAGCACAAAAGAAUGACUUUGCAGCAAGAGGAAAUGCAAAUUUUGCAAUAUCUGGGAUGUUACGGGAGCUCAGCACGGGAAGGAUUGUGCCUGUAAUUAUGAAGAAUUGAGGAUAAAAUCUGAAUGUUUCUUGUCUGCUCACUCAGCUCUUCUUGUAAAUACGUCGUAUGUUUAUUCAUGUCCACCUCUUUGUAUAUUUUUCUCAUUUAUAGUUAUAAAUAAAAACCAGACAAGCUUCAGCCAAGCGAUAUUUAUAAAAAAUUGCAAAUUGUCACAACGAGAGGUGGAACUAAGCAGAUGUUAGAUUUCUGUGUGACUGAUAUCUUUGGUUUUUAUUGUUACUAAAGUAACUUUGUGUGAUUCACAUAAACAUUUCUCAUUCUCACACAGGGCUUUGGUGCAGCCCUUGACCUAAAGGAGUGAACUCCAUUGUUCUGCCUUUUAGGCCAACUUAAAUCUGAUUGGCUGCUCUUUAUAACAGAAAGUUUAAACACCAGGUGGGUGGGGCUUCAGUGCUCACCUGUGAUCAUAUUUAGGAGCUUAAAGUGAAACAAAUGUAUGAAACUAAAUGUAGGAGCAAACAUAGACCUCAUUAUUUUAAAAUGACCAUAUUUUAUCUGAGGACAUCAUUAUUAUCCAUCUCUGCAGUGCACAUAUUACACAUGCAGGUAAAUUAGAUAAGGCAGAAUCUGGCUCCUUUAGAAGGUUAAUUUCU